AUGUCGCAGAUGCUCGUGUAUUUCACCUUCGUCGUCAUCAAUAUGGCUGGCGCCGACGGUGAUGAUGCCGACCUCCUCUCUUUCAGGUCAUCCAUCGGAGAUGGCAAUGGGGUCCUUCACAUGUGGGAGGGUCGCAAUCCUUGCUCUGGCUCCUGGGCUAGCGUCACGUGCUACUGUGGCAGUGUUGCUAGCGUUUGUCUCGACACUGCCUCCCUCACCGGCAAUGUCUCGUUCCUUCUCCGACUUCCUCACCUCUGCGUCCUUAGCCUCAGAAACAAUGCCCUCUCCGACACCCUCCCCGCUCUGACCCACUACCGGAACGCUAGGUUGAAGUAUCUCCACCUCUCCCACAACCAACUCACGGCUCCCUCGACGCGGCGCUUCCUUUCCUGGCCUCCUUCCGAGUCGAGCACAAUCGAUUUACCGGCGGGCCUUCUGUCGAAGUUCCCGAUCUCGGCUUUUGAUCAAAACCCUGGCCUCUGCGAUUCUCCGCUGCCUGAUUACAACGGCAGGAUCUCGCGGCUAGCUGAAAAGUCUCCAGUUUUGUCCCCUUCCCUUAAUUCCUCCUCUGAACACAUAUCCAGUCCGAGAUCCCUAACAAAGGUCGGGCUUAUCGUUCUCUUAGCGAUCGGAGUCGGCAACUUGCUUGUGAUCGCUAUCGGCGUGGCGGUGAUCGUCAGAGGGGAGGAUCUGCGGCUGGACUGCCUUUUGAAAGCGUCGGCAGAGGUGCUCAGAAAGGGGUUUUCUGGAAGUACCUACAAGACUGUCCUCGAGGAUGGGAUCAUCGUCGUCGUCAAGCGGCUGAGAGCGGUGCAUUUUUCAGCCGCGCGGGGAGGUAAGGUAUUCGAUCGCCAAAUGCGUAUCAUCGGGAGGGUGCGACAUCCCAAUGUGGUGAGCCAGGAGGCAUUUUGCGAUGCUCACGAGGAGAAGUUGCUCGUCUAA